GAUGCUCGGUGGCUUUUGAGAACACGCAAACGCGCGCGCACACACGCGUGAACACACGAGAACCCACUAAGGCUGCAGAGAUUUGUUGGAUUACGACAACACGAUGAUCGCCACAACUCAACAAAACAUGACCACCGAGCUGGAGCUGGGGAGUUCAGACGGGCCACCGCGGAACUGGAAGGGCAUCGGCAUCGCCAUGAUGGUGAUCCUGGCUGUCAUGUCGUUGGUCAUUCUCUCUGUCGUCCUUCUCACCCCUGAUGAAUCACACUUGUUACGCCGCUCACUCUUAACUAUGGAGGACUUGGAAAGUGAAGAGUUCAAAGUUCAUGACCCCUGCGUGGCCUGGUUGACGGAUAACGAAGUGGUUCUGCGCACCAGAGAGGGGCACGUCUUGUCUUUCAGACUCAACAACAACCUGACGACCAUCCUGCUGGACAAUACUUCACUGGAUCUGACCACAACAAAAUUCCAGGUUUCCGCAGACAGGAGCUUUGUGCUCCUGGCUUACAACAUUAAGCCGGUGUUCUCUCAGUCCUUCACAGCUACCUAUGCUAUCUACAGUGUGGCCACUGGGGACCUGCUGGCGCUUAGGCCACUAGUGGAGGAGAAGGAUGGCUUGCAGUAUGCUUCCUGGGGGCCUCAGGGGAACCAACUGGCCUUUGUGUUCGAUGGAGACAUUUACUACAAGCCCAGUGUGACCAGCCAAGCCCUGCCUCUCACAUCCACUGGCGACCGGCACAGUGUGGUGAACGGGCUCUCGGAUUGGACCUACGAGGAGGAGGUGCUUCUGUCCUAUGUUGCCCACUGGUGGUCCAUGGACGGCGCCCGGCUGGCGUACCUCAGCAUCAACAACUCUGCCACACCACUCGUGGAAAUACCUCAAUUUUUGGGUGGCCUAUACCCCGCCAAUUCGAUCUUCCCCUACCCCAAGGCUGGCUCCAAUAUCCCAUCAGUCAGCCUGUUUGUGGUGAACCUGUAUGGCCCGGCCCACACGGUGGAGAUGACGCCUCCUGACUCAGUCAGGGCCAGAGAUGGCUACAUCUCCAUGGUGACCUGGACCAGCAGCACCCGCCUGGCGGUUCGUUGGCUGAACCGGGCUCAGAACCAAUCGGUACUUUGUGUGUGCGAGGCCACCACCGGGGCAUGCUCAGAGAAACACAAGAUGACCAUGGAUGUCCUGCACAGCCAAUGGCAGCAGGAUGUGCCACUCUUCUCAGAUGAUGGCUCCGUGUUCUACACCAUUCUGCCAGCCAAGCAGGGCGCCCGGGGAGAGUUCAGCCACAUAGCCGCUCUGUCAGCCCAGCCCACCAUUCCCUCCAGCCCUACUCGCUUUUUGACAUCAGGAAGCUGGGAUGUCACCUCGCUUUGCGCCCUGGAUGAGAAAGCUGGAAAGAUCUAUUUCCUAAGUACAGAGGAAUCAAGACAGGGCAGACACCUCUAUAGCGUGGACGUGGAGGGAGCAUUUCAGCGCCAGUGCAUCACGUGUAACCUCCUCGACGGAUGUCGCUUCUUUCGAGCCGAAUUCAGUCCCAACUGCACCUACUUCACUCUCCGCUGCCUUGGUCCAGGUAUUCCAAAAGUGACAGUCCACAACUUAAAGGACCCCUUGAGAUACGUUGUGUUGGAGGACAACAGUCCCCUGGCCAAAGCCUUGGAAGACAAGCGUCUCCCUGAAAAUCUAUUCAGGACACUUUCAGCUGACAACCAUGAUGUGCACCUGAAAUUAUCUUUACCUCAAGGUUACGAGGCUAACCUUCACCCUCUGCUCAUUAUUGUUGACAGCCUUCCAGGUCAUCAGUCGGUGACAGAGGAGUUCGCACUUGACUGGCCUCAGGUCCUUUGCAGCUCACACAACGUGGCAGUGGUCUGGGUGGAUGACCGGAGCGAGGUCGGCCGUGGCCAGAAGACUGUCAUGGCAGAGCCACGCAAACUCGGUUCACUUCAAAUCAAAGAUCAUUUGGAAGUUGUUGAGUUGUUGAUGAAGCUGCCUUAUAUUGACGAUCGCCGUAUGGCUCUUUAUGGCAAGGGAUUUGGUGGACACUUAACCCUGAAAAUGUUAACUGCAACAGAGAAGCUCUUUCAAUGCUCGGCUGCUGUGGCCCCAAUAACGGACUUUAAGCUUUACAGCGCUGCAUUUUCUGAGCGGUAUCUUGGCCUUCCAGCAAAGGAGGAGCAUGUUUACUCGACUACCUCUCUGCUGGAAGAGGUCAGCAAACUGAAAGCUGAGAAUUUCCUCAUUCUCCACGGAACUGCAGAUGCGAAGGUCCACUUUCAGCACAGCGCGGAGCUCCUGAGCCGACUGGUGAGGGUGGAGGCCAACUACUCCCUGCAGCUGUACCCCGAUGAGGGCCACACAUUGCGGGAACCGCGCAGCAUUCAGCACUUCCAGCGCACGGUGGUCAACUAUUUUCAUAAUUGCUUCAAGCACAGCGUCCUCUUGGAUACAUUUGAAGAAGAAGAGGAAGACGAUGAUUGACUGUUCUCACCUCUCCAAGGACUACACGCCUUGGUGGUGAGUGCGAUGUGGAGUGCAGGAGUGCGGACCAAACACUAUCGAGCAAGCAAAUCGGCUUCUACAAUUUGUGGGUAAAUGGAGGAACUCAACAUCUAUUGCACACAAUUGUUUCUAAUGUUUACGGUUGGCUCGGGACCCUGUGAACACAACCGUGUGUUGUUUUUGCACUUUUCAUUAAAAAAAAAUCAUCAGGUCUUAAAAAUGGGACAAUAUAUGUUACGGUCUGUACAAUCUGGCGCACGCCAUCAAUCACAUUUGGAGUGCGUUUGUCUAAAAGGGUGUGCAAUUUUAUUCAAUCUACCUGUGGACCACCGCUCGAACUGACUUCCUAAAUCCACUAUACAUGUGAGAGGCUGAUUGUGCCAAAUGUUUACAGGUUUUAAAGUGUACCUAAAGACUGCAUGAUGUGAAGUAGCAUUAUCUGUGUUUUGUCAUCAUGGUUCGAAAUAGAUUGUUACAUUCUGAGUGAUAAACAGGUUUCAUAUGCAGAGUCCAGCAGCAGGGCGAAACUCCCAAAAUUUUGCUUACACUUACUGUUGAGUCAUUUUGCUCACGGGCUGGUAGGAACAGAUUCACAUAUCAUUCAAGGUUACAUUUAUUGUUACAGAUAUUUUUUUCACACUGCUUUAACAGUGCCAAAAUACGUACAAUAUUCAUGAAUUACUGUAGUAAUAGGUUUAACAAUGCAGUUGUAAUUUGGAUCAACUAAACAAUAAGCACUGACAAAGACUGCAGUGGAAGCAGAUCACCUUCAUAUUUUGGUACUCAACAUUUGAAUGAGUCUCUCUUAAUGCAUGAGACAUUCAUUGAUUUACUGGCCAAAAACAGCGGUUCAAUGCAUCAAACUAAACCAUUGCAUGACUCUCCACAUCAAGCAUUUGUUUUUCCGCAAAAUCUUGAAAAUUAAAACCGUUUACAGCAAAA